AUGCUUGACCCCGUUGCGGGUGACUACAACAUUCUGGUGUGCGACAACAAAGCGGCCGAGAUCCUGAGCACAUGCGUGCGCAUGCACGACUUGAUGGACCACGGUGUGACUCUUGUCGAGGAUCUCGGCUUGCCACGACAAUCAGUGCUCAGCAGCGCCGCCAUCUACUUUAUCGAACCCACCGAGGAGUCCGUGCGUCAGGUGAUGAAUGACUGGCAGACGAAGGACAUGUACCGCGAGGCGCACGUCUUCUUCACCUCGCCUUCGUCGGAGAAAAACAUUCAGCUUUUGGCAUCGGAGCCGCGCCUUGUUCAGGCAAUCAAGACGUUGAAGGACAUGCUUCUUGACUUUGUGGUCCCGGAAAGCUUGCUCUUCUGCUUCGGCAUGCACGACGACAUCCAGAGGCUCUUCCCACCCGACGUGGCGUUCUCCGGUGGGCACGAGAACAUCCUCGGCGAGAUCGCCACACGACUGGUGUCCGUCUUCUUCACCAUUGGUGCCGGUGUGCCAACAGUGCAGUACCAGGGCAGCAGCCGACUCGCGCAUCAAGUAGCGCGCAUCUUCGCUGAUCAGGCCGCCCAAGCAUUGCGCACUAACCCGACCACGUUCCGGAUGUCCAGCAAUGCAACGGCAGCCAGCGGUGACGCAGCAGAGGCCCCGCUGCUCAUCAUUGUAGACCGCUCCUUCGAUGCGAUAGAGCCGGUGAUACAUGAGCGCACGUAUCAGUGCCUGCUGAACGACCUCAUGCUUCUCGAGAACAGCAUUUACGAGCGCACCUUUGAGGAUCGCUCCGGCCAGGAGAGCACGCGCAGCUGUCCGAUAGACGAACAUGACCCGUACUGGUGCCAGUACCGCCACAGGUUCUUUGCUCUCUGCCUCGCCGAGUUCCCGAAGAAGCUAGAGGACUUGAUGGCUGCCAACCCGACCCUUGUGGCGGGAAUGAAAAAGCUGAAAGGCAACUACGGGACUGGAAACCGACUUGCUGACAUGGGCAGCGCCAUUCGUUUCCUGCCGGAGUUUCAGGAGCGGCAGGCGAAGCUCUCCCUUCACAUCGACAUGUGCUCGAAAAUCAUGGACCGCUACAGGCAGCAGAGGCUGGCAGAGGUGUGCGAGAUGGAGCAGGAUGUUGCCACUGGGCGACGACCGUUCAAGGAGCUCUAUGACAGCGUCCGCCGCAUGGCAGCAGACGUCUCUCUGCCGCUUGACGUGCGCACGCGUCUCCUCCUGCUGCUGAUCGCUGGCACAAACACGCACGAGUUCUCCGAGGCGAGGAAACUCAUGUUACUACAGGAGACCGGGCUCAGCAGCCAGAUUGACCGCUGCAACUCCUUUUCCAUGUUCAUCUCGCGAAUAGGCCAGCUGCCGCAAGACGCGGCAAGGCAGAGCAUUGUCAGUGAGGCGAGCAACGGCCGCGGCGGCAGCGGUAACGGCGGAACUGGCAAUAACCUACUCGGCACCCUCAUGCGCCGCUCUCUGCGCACGAACCCCACGAGUCUCCAGCACGCAAAUGGGUUGACAGACGGCAGCGCACAGGGAAGCCCGACUCGCCAGAACGACAGCAACACGAACAACCCAGAGGCGGAUCCGUACCGAAAUCAGGCGUACUUAGUCCUCAAUGCCGCUGCGAAAAACACACUCAGCACGUUAGACUUUCCCGUCUUCAACACUGGUGCCGGUGGCGGGGGUGGUGGCAGCCUUCGUGGGGCACUACAGCAGCGACGUACGCUUCGGGCUGUUGGCAGCGGCAACGCGGGGGUCAACUUCGGCGGCCCUGCCGGCGGAGACACCAACCUGACGCUCGAUCUGGGCUACGAGGGGCAGUUUGCGCUAAAGACACGACGUCGCAUUGUCCUGUUCGUGCUGGGAGGCGUGACCUACGGCGAAGUGCGUGCCGCUUACGAGAUCUCGCAGACCGCGCAUGUGGAGGUGUUUGUGGGCGGCACGUCAGUACUAACCCCCGACAGGUUCAUCUCUAGUCUGGACUCCCUACGCUGA